AUGAACGCACCGCCGCAGGGCGGCGACGACGCGUAUGGCGACCGCCCCGCGCGCCGGCAAAAGGUGCAGCCGCUGCCGGCGGCGCAGGCAGCAUAUGCGGCGGCGCUGGCGGCGUCGGCCGCGUCCGCCGGCCCCAUCCUGCGCUGCGAGCUGUGUCAGGCGUCGUUUGCGACGGAUGCGCAAUUGGCGCAGCAUAUAGAGGGCCCGGUCCAUAAGAAAGCAGCCGCCAAGGCCGCGGAUGCAGCCGCGAAGCGCCAGCACGCGUCACAAUACGAGGACAUGGCAAAAGCCGCGCUGCAGGCCGCGGCGUGGCAGGGCGCCGCCGGCGGCGGCAGCAGGGCCGGCGGCGGGAGCGGCGGCGGCGGGGGGCCGCGGCGACAGGCGGCGCAGCAGCAGCAGCAGCAGCAGCAGGGGCGGGGGCGUGGGCGGUGGCAGCAGGCGCAGGAGCAGCGGCCGGCGGCGCGGCGGGCGGGCGAGGUGUACAGCCACGAGCAGGCGCUGGCGGCGGCCAGGGGCGGCGCGGACGAGCUGAGCAUCGACGAUGGCAACGGGGACCGGGCGCGCGGUGGCAGCGCCGGCGGCGGCGGCGGCGGGAAGCCCGAGCGGAGGACGGCGGCGGCGGCUGGGGCGCCAGAGGGUGCGGAGGAGGCGGGCGGCGGCGGCGACAGCAGCAGCAGCGGCGGCGGCGGCGGCGGCGGACUGCUGGGCCUCGGGUAUGGCGGCAGCAGCAGUGACGAUGAUGACGGGGCCGGCGGCGCCAAGGAGGGGCGCGACGACGCGGGAGGCGGCAACAGCAACAGUAGCAGCAGCAGCAGCAGCAGCAGCGACAGCGAAAGCGAAGGCGGGGGCGGGAAGGGCGGCAAGCGCAAGAUAGUGUCAUUUUUUUGA